CAUAGAAAACAUAAGAUGCGUUGUCAGCAUAUGAUUUGGGGAUGCAUCACCUCAUCGUACUAAAUCGUUGACGUCUUCAGCCACUCACUAUGUGAAAGUCUUUCUUCUUUAUAUUCUUUUUUCUUCUUUUGGUGCUACCCAACACAUAUUCAACACAUUUUCUCCCACUACCAUUUAUAUAUCGUCUUUCUUCUUCUAUCUAUUUAAAGCAAAAACCAAGAAAAAUUAGCAUUUAUUCCUUUUUAAUUUAAUUGGUAAGAACAGCUUUCUUCCUCAGCUCGUAUAAUUACUUUAGCAUAUAUUUCUCCCAAGAUUGCCAAAACGAGAUAACACAAAAAAACAUGAGGUUUAGCCCACCCUUGGUUCUGAUCUUGUGUUUGCAGUUUUAGCUAGAGAAAGACGACAGUGAGAAUAUAUCAAAGGAACAUACCAUGAGUAUGUAAAGUUUGGGAUCUGUGGUCCGAAAAUAUAGACACCCAUACAUCAUAAAUUUUUUUCCAAUCACCAAACAUCAUAUCUAUCUCCCCUUCAAUUCCUUUUUUUUCCACUUCUUGCUUAUAUAUAUUUGCAGGUUUAAUUUUAGGGUUCCCGUUUUCUUGUUUAUCCUUGACCUCUCUUCAUACUGUUUCCCCAUUUCAUUCUUUGAGGAUUAUAUUUCCAUUUCUGGGAUUACUUCUCCCCCCUGCAGAUUGAGGUCUCGAGCUGAAAAUGGUGAGAGGAAAGGUUGAGAUGAAGCGAAUCGAGAACGCAACGAGCAGGCAAGUGAGCUUCUCGAAGCGUAGAGUGGGGCUUCGGAAGAAGGCAUAUGAGCUCUCAGUUCUUUGUGAUGUCGAGGUUGCUUUGAUUAUUUUCUCCCAGAAAGGAAAGCUCUAUGAAUUCUCAAGCUCCAACAUUAGGCAAAUAAUCCAGAGAUACCAUGAACGUUCAAAAGAAGCACGGAGCAACAACAAUAAUGAUAGUGGGCAAUACAGGGAGCAUCUCAAGCACGAAACAAUUUUGAUGGAGAAGAAGAUAGAGCUCCUGGAAGUUUCUCAACGGAAGCUUUUGGGGCAAGGUUUGGAAUCAUGUUCAAUGAGGGAGCUGAAUGAAAUUGACUGUCAGCUGGAGAAAAGCUUGAAACAUAUCAGGACCAGAAAGGCUCAAGUUUACAAAGAACAAAUUGAAAGCCUCAAAGCCAAGCACAUACAUUUGCUGCAAGAAAAUGCAAUAUUACUUGACAAGUGUGGUCUGAAGCCAAAUAUGAUACCAUCACCCCCACCUGCACUUGCAAGGCAAAAGGAAAUUGGAAGCGGGAGUAACAAUACGCAGAAUUGUAUGGUGGAAACCGAUUUGUUCAUUGGUCUUUCUGCUACGCGCUGCUCAUAGUUGCAUUGCUUAAUAAAGUUAUGCCUCUCAAUUCUGUUAUCUGUAACUGUAAUCAUGUAUAUGUUCAUAGCAACCGACCAUCUCACAAUAUUUCAACACAUAUACAUUGAACAAUAAUCAUCUUUGAUUAAUUUCGAUCAGUUCUGUACUAAUAA